CCGCAACUACCUCCGUCCCCUCACAAUUAAGGCUCCCCACACCCACACCUCCUGUAUACCAUCAGUGGUAUCCAAUUGUCUCCGCGCCAACAUGGCCGAUGUAGCAACCCCUUCGGCCGCAACCGUGGCCACUUCCGAUGCCACCGCCUCGACUGCUUCCGCCGAGAAGACCAAGCCGCAAUUCGUCAAGCCUGAGAAGCCGGACGAGGAGAAAUUCCACAAGGAGGAAUCGAAAGCUAAGAAGGAGCAUGCCGCCGCGCAGGAGAAAUUUAACGCCGCUCGCGCGAAACAAGACCUUGCCCGACCGAACAACAGGGAUUCGCCCAAUGCAAAGAGGCAGCAAGAGCUCAAGAGCGAAUUGAAGAAGAUUGGGGAAUUGCAGAGAGGGAGCAAGUCUGGAAGGAACGCCAUCUUCGAAAAGAUGAAGAAGCUCGACGAGCAGAUCAAAUCCCGGCAGAAUGAGCUCAAGACUGCGAAGGGCCGCAUCAAUUUUCGCACCGUUGACGAUGUGGACCGGGAGAUCGAUCGCCUCCAAAAACAAGUCGAUACUGGCACCAUGAAGAUAGUGGACGAGAAGAAGGCGCUCUCGGAGGUCAGCAAUCUGCGUAAGGCACGGAAGAAUUUCGACACGUUCGAUCAGAUGCACAAGGCGAUCGACGAGUUGAGGGUCCAACAUUUGGAACAGAAGAAGCUACUAGAUGACCCUGAGCAGAAGGCGCUUAGCGACAAAUAUACUGUUCUCCAGAAGGAGUUGGAUGGACUCAAAGCUGAGGAGGAUGAUGCCCACAAGAACUCUAGGUCACUCAAGGAAGAAAUGCAUAAGGCUCACGCUGAGAUGCAAGAGAAAUGGGUCGCCCUGAAAGAAAUCAGAGACAAUUAUCACUCCCAGAAGAAGGCUUACUCCGAUUACGAUUACCAGGCGAGAAUGGCUAGGCGAGAAAAGCACAAGCAAGAACAGAAGGAGUGGGAGGCCAACAAGCGGAAAGAGGUCGCGGCACAGAAGCUUGAGGAGGCUAGCGCACCUGCAUACCAGGAUGACAUUAUCACUGCCGAAGGCCUCAUUCGAUACUUCGACCCGUCCGCUAUUGCCGCCAAGGAAGAAAGCGCCCCCAGCCAAUUCACCGCUGCCGCUCAGCGAACAGUCGAUGCUGCUGGUCUGAAAGGUACAAAAUUGGUAAAGAAAGAUGAAGAGGAGUACUUCAUGGGCACUGGAGGCAAAAAGGGGAAGAAGGGAAAGAAGACUAGCGCUCCUAAGCCCGCUACCGAAGGCAAAUUCAACCUAAGUAUCGGAGUGAUUGAGCAACUUUCCAAGUCCGGUGUCGAUGCACCAUCGAGUCAAGCCGGUGUGCCUGCUGUCGUAGAGAAGCUGAAAGAGAAGCUUGACUUUUGGAAGAAGGACCAGGACCGCAAGACUAAAGAAAACGUGGCCAAGGCCCAGAAGGAAAUCGAUCGCCUUGAGGCUGCAGAGGAUCAGGCAGAGCAUGGCAGCAAAGAUACUGCCCGCAAGCCUGCUCAGAAGAACCAGGCUGUGAAUGGAGGCCAUGUCUCUGCUACUGCGGAACUGGAACAGGAGAAGGACGCUGUGGCCGACGCUGCUGAGGAUCUGAAGCAAGCUAGCCUAGAGGACGGUGAUGAGGUAUUGGCAGAUGCUUAAAGGGCUAAUAGGCCUACAAAAGGGCGGCUAUAGUAUAGAGAUUGAAUGUCUGAGUACGUCACCGCUUUAUUAAAUGGCAAGGCCUAGCAUCUGUUUCUUAUUCCCAGACCAUAAAAGUCCUGUUUGGAUGCAGGAAGGGACUGCAUCAAGGCUGAUUUAUCUACUUGUACUCACAAUUUGAGCAGGGGGGCCAUGGGAAGCUAUUAGAUCUUCAUUCACUCAACAUGCCUGUUCGCAGCUCACUGUACUUCAUUUAGCAGCAUAGGUUACGUUGAAAAGGUUCAAAUCUAAUGGCGAAUGACCGCUCACCUUAGCUUCUCCACCC